AUGAGUCGAGAGCAUCCCGAUAUCUUUCAACACAUCUUUCAAAUCCCCGACACACCGGAGAAGAUCACUUGUGACAACAGUGAUUGUGAGGCCAUGUACAAGAGGUCCACUGUACUCUACCUACGUCCACUUUCAUUGGCCGUCUACAUGAGGAGGUUGGACGUAAUUAAACUGCUCAUUGACAACCAACUUGUCGAUAAUGGUGAAGUGAGCUAUGCAACAGAUAUCAACGGACGGUUGGAGGAUGAUGACGAGGUUGAAUUGCGCGAAAUUCGGCCGAUGACUAUCGCGGCUAGACGUAAUAUUCUGGAGGCUCUUCCAGUCUUAUUCAGUAGCAAUACGCAAACAUUGAAAGCCUCUGAUUCAUUCACUCUACGGUAUGCUAACAAGUGGGUCGAGAAGUGUAACAAAUUCAAAGACAUCCUUGAUUACACUAUUAGUGUGGUGCGUAAAAAACGUCUACUUCCAACAACUAGGGUAUUUGAGAUGCUGGUCUAUCGGUGUCCUGGCUACUGUAGUGCUAAUUCUGCCCAAUUAUUGUGCACCAAGCACGGGGGUCAACGAUGCUCUCUAUUUCAACGUCUUGCAAAGUACCUCCUUUUGGAGGCCGGCGGGAAUCGUCUCGCUUUACCGUUACUGCAAUCAUUGGAUCAGCUAAUCCGUCACAAGGGCUUCUAUAAGUUAUCCAAACGCCUGGAGAGCGCUUGGCUCUAUCAUUACUCCUUUACUGACAUAACAGAGAAUUGGGACACCAUGUCGGUGGCACUGAAGGAUCGCUUGAUUACGCUAGCUUAUAUGUUUAAGAUACACGAAAUACUUCAAGAGAAGGCCAAACCACUGACUCUUUCAUACACUACCAGACUAAUUUCUGAGAUGAUAUACAGCGUUGGUUGUGGCCUUGACUUAAUGACAACCCCCAUCGCUGAGAUGCAACAGUCAAUUCAAUUUCUCCUGCAUUCCGGUCUAACCACCUUCGAGCAGAGAGUUGUCACCGAGGAGGGAGAUUUGGAGCAAUUUAAACAAAGGCGAUCUGGUAGUCCCAAGACUUCACAAAAUUUGAAAUCCCCAACAAAAAAAGCUCUCCAAGUUUUGUUAUAUAACUUAAAAUCCUUUAUUUCAAGUGACUACUUACAAUCUAGAGUAAAUAAGGUAAGAAAUAAUCCUCAUAACAUUUACGCGAACUCGGCAGAACCUAGUCGUUGUUUGAUGUGCAUGAAGGAAGCAAAAGAAAAGUUUGCAUUAAUAGAACCGCUUCCUGUUGAAGCGCAGCAUAGCCUAAGCGAAAUAAAUCCUCUAGUAACCCUAACAACUGAUUUGGAACCCAGCCCCAAGGCGUCUACAUCAAUGACAACAUCCACACUUAUUCGAACAUGUGUGGUGAAUCAGUUUGCAGGCACCUUAAAAGAACCAACUUUGCAUCAUGAAGAAAAAGAAGAACCCGAAGAAAUGGAACCAACUCCGACAGUACUGAUGGAGACUACGCCAGAUGACAUGACUGUCGCGCCUGUAGUGGAGGAGAAUCCAGCAACCCCGCGUCUUGUCUUUUCAACCCUUUCGUUUGGAGAGGCAUCUCCCAUAGUAACAGAUGCACGUACAUUCCUCUCUCCUCUGACUGGCACCAAUAUUGUCUCGGACGAGACUCUGCAAACCGAUUACCUUGAACAAAGAGGCGUGGAGACAUACCUAACCCAGCAAUUUUGUAGUGCAGACGAGGAGAGUGUAACAUCCGAAAAACUUUUGCCGAAACAACGGCCACGAGUGCCAUGCAACCUCGUAGAAGUGGAUAAUUUGAUUGAAAAAAUCGCAAAUAACACUGCACUCAUUAAUGACUUUUUGCUGUCAGACGAUGACAACGAUUUGAUCGACAGUACGUUGAAGGGCUGUCUGAAAAAAACUGAGAUAGGAUUCGCCUCCGGUGUUGAGAUUUCAGAGGGUCCAGCAUCCCAAACGUUAUGCCAAUUUAAGUGUACCGAAGCAUAG